AAAUAGCACUGCGUACAACCCCUUUGCAAAAGAGUGCAACAAGCCAGCAACAACAUAUACCUCCCCACCUCUUUCUCCUCUCACUCUGUGCCAGUUCUCUUCUUUCUUUAAUAGGAGGAGUAAACCUGCUGCAACUCUCUCUCUCUAACUCUGAAAUAGAUGAAGCAGACACCAGAGAGAUGUUAAAGUCCACCCUCCACCGCAUCUGAACAACCUUCCUCACCUUCUCUAUCUUCUUUGCCUAAGAUUGGAACUUUUUUUGUUCCUCUCUCUGUCAUUUUUCUCUCUCAGUCUCUCUUUCUUUCACUCAAGACUCAGGUUAGAGUCACAUUCUUUUAGUCAAACCUUAGCUGUGAAAAAGGAGAGGGAUACAUACAUAUACAAAGCAGCAAAGCUCUGUUUUUUCUGGGUUACUUGUAGAGUUAAUUUACAUCUCAGAUCUACAAACUCACAGUCACAUUUCACAUUACUUGUCUCUGUACUUUUGGGUUGCUCUUUUAAAAGAUCAAAGAUGAGCAAAGAAGAGUUCUUGAAGAUCCAGGUAUACUUCUCAGUUCUCAUUACUACCCUCUGUUUUUUAUUUUCUUUCCAAGAAACAGAGUUUUUGGUUGUCGGUGAUGUGCAGAUUCAAAAUUCCUCUGUUUUCUUUUCGAUUUUUUUGAAUUGGUUAAAUCUAUCGGAUAAGUUUUGAUUCUGGGUGGGUGGUUUAAUUUAAUUUAAUUCUGGGGUUUGCUCGAUUUUCUUUUAUGGUGUAUUUUAAUGAUAAUAAUAAUGUGUUGAGUACUAAAGCUUCUGGCUUUGAUGUGACUCUGUUUUGUUGGGUUUUGCUUGUGCAUGCAGACUUGUGUGCUAAAAGUUAAUAUACACUGUGAUGGCUGCAAACAUAAAGUAAAGAAGAUCUUGCAGAAGAUUGACGGAGUUUAUAAGCUAAGCAUUGAUUCGGAUUCCGGCAAGGUGACCGUCUCCGGCAAUGUAGACCCGGCUACUCUCAUCAAGAAGCUUACCAAACAUGGAAAACAUGCUGAGUUGUGGGGUGCUGCUCCUAAGGGUGGGAAUAAUAAUCAGAACCAAGUUAAUAAUCAGAUGAAGAAUUUGCAGAUUGACAGUGGCAAGAAUGGGAAUAACAAUAAAGGGCAGGGGCAGAAGGGUAAUAAUAACAAUCACCAUCCCCAGCAGGUUCAGCAGCAGCAACAGGGGGGCAAAGCUGGAAAUCCCAUGAUGCCUAAUCCCCAGCAGCUUCAACAGCUUCAGCAGUUGAAGGCUUUUCAAGAUAUGAAGAUGGCUGGUCAAUUCAAGGAUCUGAAACUUCCCAUGGGUAUGAAUGGGAUGAUGCCUGGCGGCGGUGGAGGCGGCGCUGGCGGUGGAGGAAAUGGCGGUAAGUUGCAGAUGCCGAAUCUGAAGGCCGGGAAGCAGAGCAUGCCUGAGGAGGAUGAUUUCAGUGAUGAGUUUGAUGAGGAUGAUUUAGAUGACGAGUUUGAUGAAGAUGAUGACUUUGAAGAUGAUGAAAUGGAUGAAAUGCCGAUGCCCAAUAAGAUGAAGCCGCCGCAAGGUAUGGGUGGGGCUGCCGCCGGUCAGAUGCCUAAUAUGUUGAAGGCUGGCAAUAUUGGAGGUCCCGGCGGUGGUGGAAAUGGUAAGAAGGGUGGUGCCCCCCAAAAUAUUCCUGUUCAGGUAAAUGUUGGCGGUGGUAAAAAGGGCGGCGGCGGUGGCAAUCCAAAUCUAGGUCCCGGGUCGGGUCAAAAGGGUGGCGGUGGCGGUGGUGGAAAGAAUGCUGGCGGCAAGCCCCAAGAUGGCAAGAACAAUGGUGGCGGCGGUGGUCAGAAUAAGGCUGGAAACAAUGGUGGUGGAAGUGGGGGCGGAGGAGGUGGCAAUCACAAUAAUAAUGGCAACCCCAAUGGGGGCAAGAAAGGAGGUGGUGGAAUGAAUGAUGGGCUCCCUGGCAUGCCCAACGUGAUGUCAAUGAAUGCUGGUGGCCAAGGUGUGGGCCCAAGAGGAGGUAUGCCAAUGGGUCAAAUGGCUCAACAAAUGGGCCAGCAAAUGAGUAAUCACCCAAUGGGCCAAAUGGGUCAUCAACUCUCUGCAGUCCAAGGCCUGCCAGCACCACCGAUGGGUGGCGCAGCGGGAGGCGGCGGCUACUUCCAAGGUGGCGUCGGACCCGAGAUGGCAGCAGCCGGUAACCCCUACCAACAGCAGCAGUUAGCAGCGAUGAUGAUGAACCAGCAGCGGGCCAACGGGAACGAGAGGUUCCAGCACAUGACAUAUGCCCGGCCACCGCCAGCUGUCAACUAUAUGCCUCCUUAUCCUUACUACCCUUACCCCCCUCCCCCAAAUGACAACUAUAGCACCGUCUUUAGCGAUGAGAACACCUCAAGUUGCAGCUUAAUGUGAGUUGCGGCAGUCUCCGGGUAGCCGUUGCCGGAAUCCGUCCCGAUGUGGCGAUUCCGUUUGCAGCGUUGGAGUGGUCAGUGUCACUCCAAUAUUAUUAAUAGCUAAGCUAGUUCUUAAUUCCGUUAUAUAUCAUCAUUAUUAUUAUUAUACAAGAAAAAUGAAUUUUCUAUUUGCUGCUUUUCUAAUCCAGUUCAUUUUUGUUUUUGGUUUCUUCUGAAGUUGAUCAAUCACUCUUCAAUUCCCCUCUCCAGUCUCAGCUCUUCCCAAAUCCUAAGCUUUGAUUAGUGGCUUUGUGAUUGGGAGCAUCAAAUUUGAUGUGAUAGGCCUGCCUAUGUCUAAGUGGGGGGGGGGGGGGGGGGGGCAUUAAAGUUGUAUCUCUAUAGUCAAAUGGAGAUGUUUGUAUAUAUCCUGCUUAUUAUCUAACUCAUUAGAACAAAAAUAGCAACAAAAAACUGAGAACAAAAAAUCAAUGGAACUUCAUACGGAGUAUUUUUAAAUCGGUACACCAUUCAUACACUUUAUUUAUUUUCACAAAAAUUGUUUGUAUACAUAUAAUUCAUUUGAAAAUAUAUAAGUUGUCUUUACAGAGAUAACUUUGUUUCUAUGUAGAUAGAAAAAGUGUGCCAAUGGUGUAUAAGAAAAGGUGUACAUCAAUUGUUUUGUAAUACUCGUAUUAUUAGUCUUAUUUCCCAAGACUAGAAUUGUACGUAGUAUAAAAGAAUUAUCUCCCCAAAGCAGGGAUUUAUUUUAGUUUAAAAUUAAAACAAUCAGUAUGUGAAUAGUUAGAGAAUCUUCGCAGAAAAAAAUGAAAUUAUUCAAUGAAUUUGUUCAAUGAAUUUGUUCAGAAAAUUUUGAAAUUAUUAUAUUGUCCUCCAGAAGAAGAGCAUCUAUCUUCUAUCUAUAUAAUGGAGGAGCGGAUUGUGGUUGGGACGUGGGGUACCCAAUCUGCUGCAUGCUCUAAUGCAUUAUAGGCUUUCUGUGUAUGAAUAUGCAUUAAAGUUGUAUCUCUAUAGUCAAAUGGAGAUGUUUGUAUAUAUCCUGCUUAUUAUCUAACUCAUUAGAACAAAAAUAGCAACAAAAAACUGAGAACAAAAAUCAAUGGAACUUCAUACGGAGUAUUUUUAAAUCGGUACACCAUUCAUACACUUUAUUUAUUUUCACAAAAAUUGUUUGUAUACAUAUAAUUCAUUUGAAAAUAUAUAAGUUGUCUUUACAGAGAUAACUUUGUUUCUAUGUAGAUAGAAAAAGUGUGCCAAUGGUGUAUAAGAAAAGGUGUACAUCAAUUGUUUUGUAAUACUCGUAUUAUUAGUCUUAUUUCCCAAGACUAGAAUUGUACGUAGUAUAAAAGAAUUAUCUCCCCAAAGCAGGGAUUUAUUUUAGUUUAAAAUUAAAACAAUCAGUAUGUGAAUAGUUAGAGAAUCUUCGCAGAAAAAAAUGAAAUUAUUCAAUGAAUUUGUUCAAUGAAUUUGUUCAGAAAAUUUUGAAAUUAUUAUAUUGUCCUCCAGAAGAAGAGCAUCUAUCUUCUAUCUAUAUAAUGGAGGAGCGGAUUGUGGUUGGGACGUGGGGUACCCAAUCUGCUGCAUGCUCUAAUGCAUUAUAGGCUUUCUGUGUAUGAAUAUGAUUAGACUCGCAAGGGAUAAAUUAUGUAUGAUUCCCACAUCUCACCGAGACUAUACAGUAUACACAAUGCUUUACCUUAGCUUGAAUAAUAUUAUCCCCUGAAAAAAAGAUAAAAU